AACGGCUGGAUAAAUUCUGGUUAGAUUAAUGUAAUAUAACAUAAUAUUAUGCCUGCAUUUACAAAAACAGGUUCAUCUAGAAGGUAGCAGGCUGGAUCUGACCAUCAGAGACCGGCCUGUUUGCGUUUGAAUCCUGGCUGCGUGACCUUAGGUAAAUCUGCUCAUCUCCCUGGGCCUCAGUUUCCCCAUUUGUUAAAGGAAGGGGCUGUCGUAGAUGACCCUAGAGGUCCCUGCCAACAUUAAAUCUAGGGCCCUGGGGAAAUAAAGGAGGAAAGAGACAAGUGCUAUUAGGGGAGAGGAGGAACAAAAUCAGUUGAGCCCCAGCCGGCUCCAUACGGGUUAUUUGUACUUUACACAAAAUGUCCCCUAAUUUCCAGACGAUACAACUGCUCGAUUGGCUUGCGCGAGGAGGGGUCGCAGAGCGAGCCGCGGCGCGCCCCCGCCCCCGAGCUACUUCCGGCAACGCCGCCGACGCCGCCAGGAAAGCUUUGUUGUUAGCAACUCAUUGGCUUACUGGGCUCUUGGGACGCCUGCGCAGUGAGUAGGGUGGGGCCAGAGCCGCCGGUGGAUGACGUCACGUCCGAUCAUUCUGAGGCCGUCGAGAGCUUGUGGCUAUGAAGUCCGUUUUCGUCACCGUGGGCACCACUAGUUUCGACGAGCUCAUAACCUGUGUGUCUUCAAGAGCUACCCUCCAGAUACUCAAGAGACUUGGUUAUCGAAAACUUGUUCUACAGAUUGGCAGAGGCAGAGUGGUACCGGACUCCUUCGCUUCGACGUCUUUUUCUUUGAUUGUUUACAGGUACAAGAAUUCCUUGAAAGAAGACAUUAAGAGAUCAGAUCUUAUCAUUAGCCAUGCAGGUGCAGGGAGCUGCUUGGAGGCCCUGGAAGAAGGGAAGCCCUUGGUGGUGGUCAUAAACGACAAGCUGAUGGACAAUCACCAGUUAGAGCUGGCCAGACAGCUGCACAAAGAAGGGCAUCUUUUCUAUUGCACAUGCAGCACCCUUCUUGAGCUGUUAAAAUCAGAGGAUUUAUCAUCAUUGAAACGUUUUCCUCCUGGCAAGCCAGAGAUAUUCUCUGAAUUUUUGGAUCAAGUUGUGGGAUUGAAAAAAUUAAUGCCAACCUCUCAGUCUCAAUCCUGGCCCUUUGGGGAAACUGGGGGUGAUGAUGGGACACCCCAGGCGGGGCCCGGUGAGGAGGAGGGAGGCCGCCCGUACCCGAAUCCUCGGCUUCUGUGGCCAGAGGCGCGGGCUUUCCCCGGCGCACGUGGCCCUCCCCCGCGGCACCUCGAGGCCACGAAGGGCAAGGAGACCGCACCCCGGCGGCCGCUUCGAGGGAGGUGGCGAUCGCGGGGCGCAGGAGACCCUGGCCGCCACCUCGCUUCUCCAGCGCCCCCUGGCGCCGCCCUCCUCCCCUCCUCCCCCACCCCGGCCGCCCGCCGAUUCCCCCUACUCCGGCCCCCAGCCUCGCCAGCGCCCCCUGGCGCCGCGGCGGCCCGUGCCCCGCCCCCGCCCCCAGCGAGGCCCCGCCCCCUGCCGCCGCGGCUCGGCUCCUCCCUCCCUCGCAGCUCGCGAGUCCCUCAGUGUGGUGGGGCCCCUGCUCGAGGUGCGGGCUCGUCCGCCGGCUCCUCCGCAGCGGCCGCCGCCCCCGCCCCCGCCGUCAGGGUCGCGGUGUCCCUGUCGCCCCCGCCCUCAGCCACGAUGCAGAAGGGCUGGAAGAAGCCCCUGAGCCCCAGGCCCCUGCCCGAGGUGACCAUGGACGAGUACCUGAGCAGCUUGGGGCUCUACCGCAAGCUCACGCCCAAGGAUGCCUCCUGCCUCUUUCGGGCUAUCUCGGAGCAGCUGUUUUGCAGCCAGGUCCACCAUUUGGAAAUCAGGAAGGCUUGCGUCGCCUUCAUGAGAGAAAACCGACACAGCUUUGAUUCUUACGUGGAAGGGUCUUUUGAAAAGUACCUGGAGCGGUUGGGAGAUCCCAAGGAAAGUGCUGGCCAACUGGAGUUAAGAGCCCUUUCUCUCAUUUAUAAUCGAGACUUCAUUCUCUAUCGGCACCCUGGGAAGCCUCCGACUUAUGUCACAGAUAAUGGCUAUGAAGACAAGAUCAUGCUCUGCUGUUCCAGUAAUGGGCAUUAUGAUUCCGUGUACACCAAGCAAUUUCAGGCUGAUGCUGCUGUUUGCCAGGCUGUACUCUAUGAGAUUCUCUACAAGGAUGUAUUUGUUGUGGAUGAGGAAGAGUUGAAAACUGCCCUUGAGAUAUUCCGUGGCAUUGCCAGGAGGAACAGAAACAGCAUCUCCACGGGGAGUGAUGACAGGAUGGACGAUUGGGGCCUGAGCACUACCAGUGGCCAUGAGCACCUCUCUGAUAGGUACAGGCACGGAGCAGAGGAAGGAAAGUUUGCAGAUAACCAGUCCAAGAUGCCUUUGCCUUACAAAGUGAUGAAAGCUCUGGCCCCAGAGGUCUACCGCAACGUGGAGUUUGAUGUUUGGCUGGACAGUAGGAAAGAGCUUCAGAAAUCAGACUACAUGGUGUUUGCUGGGAGACAGUACUUUCUGGGAGACAAGUGCCAGGUUCGAUUAGAGCCAGGCGGGCGGUAUUACAAUGCACACAUCCAGGAAGUCGGCAAUGACGACGCUUCAGCCACGGUCUUCAUCGAGGAGCUUGCAGAGAAGCAUGUUGUUCCGCUGGCUAACUUAAAACCAGUGACUCAAGUGACACCUGUCUCUGCCUGGCGUGUGCUUCCUAGUAGAAGAGGAGGAGGAGGUGGCAGCGGUGGAGGAGCAGCAGGAGGAAUGUACCCCAAGAUUAUGGGUGGCUAUAUUCCAGAAAUGGACUUGGAUGUGAAGGGGAGGAAGAAGAUGCUGAAGAAGGUUCGUGGGAAGGAGGUUUUCAUGACGGUGGCUUACAGCAGAGGGGAGCACAUGCUCCCCCCCCGACUCCAGCACAGCUUCCAUGCUGGCCGCACCUCUCCAGCCCAGUGUCCUCCCCAACACGCUGGUGCCUUGGUGGCUUAUGAGCAGUUCCGUCCCCAGCAGCCGCCACCUCUGAGACACGGACGGGGCUAUGGCAUUUCUAGAGGAGGAACACCUCGAUUUAUGAAUAGAAACAAUGUGGUCAAUCCUGAAGUUACCUUCUAUCCUGGGCCAGGGAAGAGAUGCUAUCAGAGCUAUGACAACUUCUCCUUUCGGUCCCGUUCUUACAGCCGGAGCCGCCGGCAGAUGCACUGUGUGAAUAAGGAAUGUCAGUAUGGCUUUUCCUCCGAGCCCGGAACUACCCCUCGGGGCCUGGAGGAAACAAUCACCUACUAUGAAAUUGAAGAAGGCGAUGAGACUGCCUACCCAGCUAUAGCGCCUCAGAAUGCCCCAUCACCAAUGGUCCCUCCUCCUGCUGCUGGGUUCUGGGUAGCAAGGCAGGGGCCCAGUCCUAUGGCUUCAGGCAAACCAGCUGUGACUUCAUCCGAAGAAGAGGUAGAUGAGCCCAGUGACAGUGGUGAAUAUCACGACGACUACGUUUAUCCAACAGACCCAGACUAUGAAACUCCAUCGGUUUAUAGCACUGCGGAAUCAACUGCUAACCUGUCUCUCCAGGAUGGAAGACCAUGUUCUGUGCCACCUCAAGAUAGUGCUGCCUACAGCUACCCUCAAAAGAUGCUGAUGAGCCCCUCGGUGAUAUCUCCAGCUUCCUGUGGCAGUCCCAUGCCGCCAGCUGUCUUACCAAGCUGCCCACCAAACCCUCCGGUGGCUGCCGCCGCUGCAGCAUCUGUGCCCUCACAGGCCCCUGUGCAGCCUCUCUUUGUGGCUCCGACUCCAAUGAACCGUCCAGUGAUCCCAUCAGCGACAUUCUCUUACUACCCUGCUCCUGUUGCUGCAACUGGCCCACCCAACCAGAUGGGAGAACCUGGAGGCAUCCCGAUGCCACCGCCUUAUUCAUGUGACCCAAAUGGCAAUGACUUACCUCGAGAUACCAAGGUAUUGCAGUAUUAUUUUAACCUGGGGCUGCAGUGCUACCAUCAGAAUUACUGGCACUCCAUGGUCUACAUGCCCCAUCUUCAACAACAGCAGCAGCAGCAGCAGCCCCUGCCACCACCACCGCCACCGCCACUGCCACCGCCCCCGAUGCCUCCUCUGGAAGCUUACCCUGUUUAUCCUGAGCAUGUGCCAGCGGCCCAGGUGUACAGCGAGCUGGGGGGUGCUGAAAACCGGCAGCUUCUUCCCGAACCAGCAGCAGCGGCAGGUGUCUAUGCAAACUCUGAGCAGCCACCACCACCCACCGGGCCUGUCUACUAUCCAGUUAUGCCGGAUCCCUACGGCCAGCAUCCUCUGCAAGGAUACGACCCCAGUGUUUCCAUGGUCCCACCUUAUCACUAUGUUGCCCCGUGGCAUCAGAUGGGUGCAUAUUGCCCCUCUCCCCGAAUGCAUGGUGCUCUGAAUCCUGGCCCAGUGCCCCCGGUGAGCUAUGUUCCCCCUGCAGAUCCUGCUGCAGCUCACUAUUCUCCUCCAGACGUGUGAGGUCGAGCAGAGCACUCCCACCGCCAUUUUGCUUGCAUUGCCGUGAGACGUGGGAAACAUUUGGUUAAGGAUUGGUGUUGCUUUCAGAUGGUUUUCCUUUGAAUUCAUGUUAGUAGUUUACAAAAAGAUUAAGCUCUAUUAGAGUGCUGCCCAUGGAGAGUUGAGGUUUGAUUACAUGCUGAACUCCCAGCAUCACGUUCAGCUGUCUGCUCCUAAGCUGCCUUGAGGCCCCUUGGCGUUCGCUGACUGGCCACAGUCUCACUAUGAGCUCUUGCUCCAGUUGCCUUACUUGUCAUUGAGGCCAUGCCCCCAUGAGCCUUAGGUUUGCCUCAGAUCCACUUUUCCAAAAGGGCGAUUGUUACCUCUUGCAGCCUUUAGACUGAAUUGUGUUGGUUUGUGACACUAAUUUGGGGAAGGCACACAGUGUUCCUCUACAGGAGCAGCAGAACAGAUCCACUUGCUUGCCUUGAGUGCCUUAAAGGUCUCCCUUCCAGAGAGAGAAUCAUUUUGUGUUGUGUUGUUCAGACUAGUCAAUU